AUGAUGGACCCAAAUCAACAUUUGAAAAAGACAGCAGAGACAACACCUUCAGAGAAAAGGGAAACUAGAUGCUGCAAUGGAUUCAGGAUGUUCUUAGUAGCCCUGUCACUCAGCUUUAUGUGUAAGGCACUCGGUGGAGUUGUUAUGAAAAGUUCCAUCACUCAGAUAGAAAAGAGAUUUGACAUAUCAUCUUCUGUUUCUGGCUUAAUUGAUGGAGGCUUUGAAAUGGGAAAUUUGUUUGUGAUUGUAUUUGUGAGUUACUUUGGAUCCAAACUACACAGACCAAAGAUAAUUGGAAUUGGUUGCUUCAUUAUGGGAACUGGAAGUAUUUUGACUGCUUUACCACAUUUUUUUAUGGGCUAUUACAGGUAUUCUAAAGAAAGUCUUGUCAAUCCAUCAGAAAACUUAACAACAAGCUUUUCAACCUGUUCAAUUAGUGAAAAUUUGUUACUCAAUAGUACAUCACCUAAGAUAGUAGAAAAAGGUUGUGAAAAGGAAUCUGGAUCAUAUCUAUGGAUAUAUGUACUACUGGGUAAUAUGCUCCGUGGAAUUGGGGAAACCCCCAUAGUACCCUUGGGGAUUUCUUAUAUUGAUGAUUUUGCUGAAACAGGACAUUCUUCUUUUUAUUUAGGUACUUUGCAUGCAUUAUCAAUGAUUGGUCCAAUCAUUGGCUUUAUACAGGGAUCUCUGUUUGCUAAAAUGUACGUGGACAUUGGAUAUGUAGAUCUCAGCAGUAUCAGAAUUACUCCUAAGGACUCUCGUUGGGUUGGUGCUUGGUGGCUUGGUUUCCUUGUGGCUGGACUAUUAUCCAUUAUGUCCUCCAUUCCAUUCUUUUUCCUGCCCCAAAAUCUGGAUAAACCACAGAAAGAAAGUAAAGAUUUAGGAUCUUUGCAUUUCCCCAAAACAAAUGAGAAAAGGAGUCAAAUAGCUAAUGUGACCAACCGUGGGCAAAAUAUUAGUGAAAAUAUAACUGAUUUUUUCCAGUCCUUGAAAAGCAUCCUUACCAAUCCCCUAUAUGUUAUAUUACUGUUUGCAUCAUUGCUACUGUCCAGCAGCCAUAUUGGUGCUAUUACUUAUGUCUUCAAAUACAUAGAGCAACAGUAUGGUCAAUCAGCAUCUGAGGCUAACGUUUUUCUUGGUAAGACAUGUUAUUUAUGUUUGUUUGAUAAGCUAUAUACUACCAAAUAUAUGAUAGACAAAUUUAGAAUGAGUUUUUAAGGUCUACCCUUCCUUUCUCUUCUCUCCUCUCUUCCCUCCUUCUCCUAUUUCUCCUUCUUCUUUCUCUCUCGCUCUCUUUUUGAUAUAUGUCUACCUUAUAUUUCCAGAAAUAAUCCAGUGGCAUCUCACAUAAAUGUACCACUUUCUUAUUGCAACUCAGACUGCAAUUGUGAUGAAAGUCACUGGGAACCUGUCUGUGGAGCCAAUGGAGUAACUUACAUGUCACCUUGUCUAGCAGGUUGCAAAUCUUCAAGUGGCAAUAAAAAGUCUAUAGUGUUUUAUAACUGUAGUUGUGUGGAAGUAACUGGUGUCCAGAACAAAAAUAAUUCAGUGAAUUUGGGUGAAUGCCCAAGAGACAAUCAUUGUACAAAAAAAUUUUAUAUUUAUGUACUGGUGCAAGUCUUGAAUUAUUUUUUCUCUUCAUUGGGAAGCACCCCAACUAUCAUGCUGGUUUUUAAAAAUGUUCAACCUCAGCUGAAAUCCCUUGCAGUGGGUUUCCAUUCACUAACUAUACGAGCAUUAGGAGGAAUUCCAGCUCCUAUAUAUUUUGGGGCUCUGAUUGAUAAAACAUGUAUGAAGUGGUCUACCAGCAGCUGUGGGAAACGAGGGUUUUGCAGGUUGUAUAACUCCAGAUUAUAUGGAAAUACCUACUUGGGCUUGAUUGUGAGCUUAAGAUUUUCAGCACUUAUUCUGCUUGUUGUAUUAAUUUUCACUAUGAAGAAAAUAUAUCAAGGAAAAUAUACCAAGGCAUCAGAAAAUGGAAGAAAAGAUAUGAAUGAAGCAAACUUAGAACCCUUAAAUAAUGAUGGAUAUUUUGUACCUUCUUCGGACAAUGAAGCACAUAUGUAA